CUUCGACCUGACGACGAGAGCAAUUGAAAUACAAACGAAUUAUGAAAAUUAGCAGAAAGGUAACCGGUUGAAUAAGAAGGGAUCCGAAAUUUUGGUUAUUUAUUCCAUUAUUAACUCAGGCCUUUUUACCUACCCUCGUCGCCCAAUAUCAAACCAAAUAAGGUACCUAUAUAUACGUACCUACGUUAAGUACCUACAGUACCUAGGUUCUUUAGGUACAAUACAUACCAACAUCACUGGAAUUUCCAACCAGAGCAAAACAUAUCUCGCUCUAUCUGCCGCCGCAACUCCGGGAACAACAAAAAGCCACCACACCACCAACGAAGCUCCUCCCGCGAAACCAAAGCAAGCCUUCUUUUAUCCGGCUAUAAAAAAACACACAUAACCAGUGGCCGACAUGGCCACAAUGACAAUGACAUUCCCAGCGAUACCCAUAUCCAGCACCAUGACAGCCACCCCUAACGCCACUUCUACGAGCAGCGCAUCCGGCACGACGACAUCCUGCUGCCCGAACUGCGGACUCACCUUCCCCCCCGCGUCCGACGCGCAGAUCGCCCUCCUCCGCGCGCAGAAGCAGAUCCAAGACCUCGAGGCCCAGGUCCGCCUCCUCAACCAGAAGGCCGCCGCCGCCGUCGACCGCUGGGCCGACUACGAGGACGAGCUCUCGCGCUUGCGCGCCGCGUCCACCACGUCCGUCGGUACUACUACCACCAACACCAACAACACCAGCGCAAGCAAUAGAAAUAGCAAUACCAAUAGCAAUAGCAAUGGUAGUCCGAGGUCCACGUUCCUACCCGCGGGUGCCGCCGCGCGCAUAAGCCAGCUGCUGGCGCCGCGCAAGUCGGUGCCGAACCUGGCGUCACACGGGGCCCGGGGUUCGAUCUCCACGGCAGCGAUAACACCACCGACCGCCACAACAACAACAACAGCUAUACAGAACGGCAACGGAGGGCAGACGAACGAGCUACUCGAAGCGCUGUCGCGGGAGCGGGAGCUGCGGGCCCAAGCGGAGGGGAAGCUCCGGGACACGAGCAAGGAAGUCGAGGAGCUGAGCGUGACGCUGUUCGAGCAGGCGAACGAGAUGGUGGCGAGCGAGCGGCGGGCGCGGGCGCUGCUGGAGGAGCGGGUUUUGGUGCUGGAGCGCAGGGAUGUCGAGAAGAGGGAUCGUCUGGAUCGCCUGGAGGGGGCGGUGGGAAGGUUGGAGAGGGUGAAGGCGGUGCUGGAGGAGCGGUAGGGGGCGAAGGGGGGGUUGGAAAGGUCGAUGGAUGGGUCUGAUAUUAUAUUAAAUCUAAGUCGCGCAAAGACAAACUCCAGUGUCUAUGACGGGAGAGAAGGAUGCCCCGCCCCCCCUUUCUCCCCGGAUGCGGAUAAGAGUGGAUCAGGUCCGGUCAGAAUCCCCACU